AGAGAGAGACACAAAGGGCUGUGAACAUCCUUCCUGGAUAGAGAGAGCCAUGAAAUCGGUCGCUUUGUUGCUUGCCUUGUGUUUCUCUGGGGCUGCAAGCCUUCGAAUUUGCUCCUUUAAUGUCCAAAUUUUUGGAGAGGCCAAGGGCUCCAAGAAAGAAGUGAUGACUGUGCUACAGAAGAUUGUUUCUCGCUGUGACAUAAUGCUGCUGAUGGAGAUCAGAGACAGCAAAGACGUAGCCAUACAUGCUCUGAUGGCAAAACUCAACAGCCACACAAAAGGGAAACAUGAGUUUAACUUACUCAUUAGUGAGAGACUUGGCCGCAGUAUGUCCAAAGAGCAGUACGCCUUUAUUUAUAGAAAGAAUUCAGUGACAGUGAUAGACUUUUAUCAGUAUAAAGACCAGCAAGCCGGAGACGUGGACGUCUUUUCUAGAGAACCCUUUAUUGUCUGGUUUAAAUCCUUAAAUACGGAAGUGAACGACUUUGUCAUCAUCCCCCAGCACACAGUGCCUGAGGACGCCGUCCGCGAGAUCGAUGAACUCUAUGAUGUUUAUCUCGAAGUUCGACAGACAUGGAACACAGAGAACAUCAUCUUCAUGGGAGAUUUCAACGCCGGCUGCAGCUAUGUUCCCAAGAAGUCUUGGAAAAACAUACGCCUGAGGGCCAAUCCCGAGUUUGUCUGGUUGAUUGGGGAUAAAAUGGAUACAACAGUGAGAAGCACGACAAGAUGUGCCUAUGACAGGAUUGUUCUGCAUGGUGCGACACUGAUCAGCUCCAUAGUGCCAGACUCGGCGACUACAUUUGAUUUCACGCGGGCGUACAGAUUAACAGAGGAACAGGCCCUGGAGGUCAGUGAUCACUAUCCUGUGGAGUUCCAGCUGAAUGAGCCAAACAAUUCUCCUCGUAAAACAUCUCGAAGACGAGAUGGAAGAAGAUGAUACAUUUUACGCAUGGAGGAAGACGUUUAUAUAUUUUACACUCAGUGCUUGAUGUCAGGCCUAGAUUUAUAGCAAUAUAUUGCGCUGACAUAUAAUACAUA